AUAUUCACGUAAAAAUAUAUCUAGUGUGCGCCUUGCAAGGGUGAAAGCGCGUCUGCGUAUUGAUCAUUUCUAACUACAAUUGUAAUUGAACGAAGGGAGGAAGUAAGUGUCAUGUGGUAUCAAAAAACAUUGCGGGUGUGGUUUUUUUAAAAUACAAAGUUUACUCAAAAAGGAUAAUAAGAUACAGAACAAAAAAAGAAAAAAAUAACUCAAAAACAAGAGAAAUGUUCCAUUAUUCUUUAAGUUCUUAAACUGAAAUGCUAAGAGAUUUUGGAUUCAUGAUUGACAAAUAUUACUUGUCUAAGAUUAUUGAAAAUUCGAACAAUGGAAAAAUUUAAAGAAAACUGUUCCACCAGAAAUGUAUUUCAAAUAAAACGAUCUUGACUUUUAAAUAAUUUAAAAGUCAUUUAGUACUUUUCACAUUGCUGUUAGAGAUAUCAAACAGAAAUGUUUAUUUUGAAAUACAAAACUCAAACAUUUAGUCGAAUUAUUCAAACUUAUGCCAUGCAUAUUCGAACAGAUGGAAAAAUUAUUUUAUUAUUCACAUUAUUAAUUUUACAAGUUAUGAUUGUCAUUAUAUAUGUUAUAAAUACUACUCCAUCUUCUAAAUUAAUGACUGCAACGAGACACGAAGCAGUCAGUUUCGUAGAUAUCCAGUCUGAAGAGGCUCUUUACAAAAACCGAUUAAAAUAUGACCUGCAACUGAGAACCCAAACAGUAAAUGGAGAAUUUACGUUAAAAGAUACCAAAACAUCAGCAUUUUUCGAGAACUACGCAGAUUUCUCGUGCUGGAAAGAUGGAGUUAACGAUCGAAUAAUGAGAAAAAAUUGUACCAGAAAAUGUGUGUGCAAUCAAGGCUGGCAUGGAUCUGAUUGUGGUCAACCUGAAGUAGUGUGGCGAGCAAUUAUGGCAUCAAAGCAAUUGGUGAAAUUAAAACAACGUAAAUGGAUGAGACGUAUUAUUUAUACACUAUGCAUUAAUCAAUACAAUUCAGCAAUAUCUGAAAUUAUAGUACAAGAACUAUACAGUGUAGUCGAUCUUUUCAUUAUCUGUGAUUCAAGUAAUUCAGAAUUCAAUUUCAACUAUUCUCUUGCUAAAGGUUUAUUGAAAUCGCAACAGAGGAAGAUUUUAUAUAUCAAUACAUUUACGAAAGCAAGGAAACCAUUUAAAUUGAUAUUCAAAUAUAUUUGGGACAAAAUUCAUAACACUAUCAAAAAUAUACGAGAUGACGACAUAAUUGUCAUGACUGACCCAGAAGAAAUAUUAAAUUCGAAAGCGUUAAUGUUCUUGAAAACGUACGACGGUUGGUCGCAACCGAUAGGAUUUAGAUUGAGAUGGUUGGUGUUUGGAUUCUUUUGGCAACAUCCUUUAAAGACAACGAUUAAAAAGGGAGCUUUUACAAUAGGUUUCAUGCAAGAAGCUUAUCGAAAUAAUAAUAUACUUCUUCAGAAGGAAUUGGUAGACGAAAAUAUUGAAAGAGAUGAAUUAGGAUUAGUCAUUGGAGAUUUAAAUCACUACGGCGGAUGGUACUGUCACUAUUGUCAAGUUCCAAAAAAUAUAAUGUUCUCUAUUAAAUGCAAAACCAAUCCUAGAAACAUUAAUUCCGAGGCAAUUAUAGAUAUAAGUUAUAUUGAAGAAUUAAUUGGAAUGGGAAUGUGGCUAAAUGGCAAGACAAGUCUUCUUAGGGUUCCUAGAUCUCAAGAUAUCUAUUUCGCUCCUGAGAUCGUACUUAACAAUUCCAUAAAGUACGAUUGGCUACUUCAAAAUUUUUACGUUAAAGUGGAUUAUUAUUGAGGAAUCGUCGACUUUAAUUGGCUGUGAUAUAUACAUUUACGUGCACUAAUCGUUUUAUAUAUUACACAUUUAUUAUUUAUUUACAAAUCAAUUUUAUAUUGUGCUUCGAUUAUCAUAUUUAUAUUUAUAUAAUAUAUUAUUUAGAAAUUUA